AAAUAGCGGUGUAUCCGUUGUCACUUCCGGGGUGGAUGAGGAAGCGAGCAAAUCAGAAGACUUCGUGAUAGAGGCUCAGGAUACAGAAACACAAUGGCGAAAAAUACCGGCUCAAGCAAGUUCAGAAAAGUUGAUGUGGAUCAGUAUGAUGAGGACAGAUUUGUAGAUGCAGAUGAAGAUGGGGAUCAGGGUGACCAGGGACCAAACGAGAGUGAAGUCAACAGUUUACUCACCAGAGACAAAUAUCAAGAUGCCUUAUUACUUGUCCUGAACAAUGCCCCCAUUAGCUGCAAGAACCAAGCUGUAAAGGACCGUGCAGCCAAUUUGGUGGUGCGUGUGCUGACCUCCUUCAAAGGAGACAUUGACCAGUGCGUCAAGUCUCUGGAUAGCAAAAAUGUCGACACACUGAUGAAGUACAUCUACCGGGGAUUUGAGAUGCCUUCUGAGAACAGCAGUGCUGUCCUCCUUACCUGGCAUCAGAAAGCAUUUGCAGCAGGUGGUCUGGGCAGCAUAAUGCGGGUAAUGACUGACAGGAAGCGAGUGUAGCUGCAGUCUGGGACGUCUGUGUUUGCAUGUUUUGAUGAUGGACUUGAAAGUUUUAAAUCUGUUUUUUCUUUUUUUUUUCUGCUUUUGUUUUAAGGAAUUGACUUGUGAGAAUGUUUCCUCAUCUGUAACACAUCUUCAAGUUGUUUGCCACGCCCACAUUAUAAUUAAAAACCUGCAGCAGACAUCAAACCUUUGGCGAGGGUACGCUGUGCCGUAGCUUUCAUCCGGAAUAUUAUCAUCUUUUCAUGUGAUAGGAGAUAGAUUUUUUUUUUUUUCUGUAAUAUCUUUUAUUUUUGUCUACUGUUUUUGAUCUCAUCGCUUCAGAAAAGUGGGUGUCUGUGCCUUUUCUGCAAUGAGAUGAUAUUUGGUUUUAGGUUUCGUGUAUGGCUGCAUAAAGUUUUUGAAAAACGCAGAGCAUCUUGCCCGGCUGUGAUGAUGGUUCCUCUGUAGGUGUCUUUUUUCUUGUUGUUUUAGCAGAGGACGGUGAGAUAGGGGUCCUUCAGGUUAUAGCUUGGUAUCAAUAUCUCUAGAUGAAUAUUUAUAAUUGAAUGUUUGUUAGCUUCAUUAAUAAAAGAAUUAUUUGAUAUGAUUUGGGUUGAUAAUUGUUGUCGCAGUUGGAAAUAUAAGCUGAGGUAUGCUGAAUUUGUCAGGUAUGAGUACAUUUUUCUUUAAUUGAUUUUGGGCAGAAAAAAAUGGUUUUCCUGGGUAUUUCACUUGAGUAUGUAAACUUUUGAAAUAAAUGUCAACAGCCUAGGUGUUUCCCAAAUGUUUGGUCAGGAGAGUUUGUUUAAUUUUUUAGUAGAGCCUAGUGUAGCAUUAGUGUUUAUUUACAGUUUUGCAUUGCUUUUUCUUGUCAACAGAGGGCUAGACAGCCGAGCUUUGCCAGCUAUUUUUAUUAUUAUUCCUUUUAUUCUGUGCACCUUGUGAUGAGAUGUUGGUGACACGAGGGUGCCUUUUCUUUUCUCCUUCUUUUAAACCACUUACGUUUAAUUUCCUUACGUCUGAAAGCUCACUAGUAGGUUUCGGAUAGUUUAAAUUGUGUAUCUUGUAUGACAGUUAUCAUGUACUGUUUUGUGGAAUGAUAGUCAACUUGCCUUUUGGGUGCAAAUCAAUAAGUUGUAGAAGUCUUUCCUGGUGUUGGUGGUUGCUUUGUGUUAUUUCAGGAGUGUCUGACUGGCUGCUUUACGUGGUGUUCCCUGUCUUUUGACUCUCUGUGUUUAAAACAGAGAACCAACUGCCAUUUUUGUCUGUGCUCGAUUGGACAGAAGGAAGACUUCUUUUAAAAAUAUUGAGACUAGGGUCCUUCAGAUUUGAUUUGCACUCAAAGAAGUCCUAAUUUAUACUACAUGGAGAGCUAGUAUUGUCUUGAGCGAAUGAUUGCUGCAGUUUGAGGAUUUUCGUCCAAUUAGAAAAUAUAUCUCUAUAAUUACUCAUGAGCCAAUGGAAGGAUACAGUUUGAAUUCUCUUGAAAACCUUUGGAGUUAUAGAAAUGCUUUGAAAAACAAAACAUGAGCCUUAAGAGUGUAACUGAUUUCUGUGUGUUUGAUUUGUCCACAUUCCAUGUAUUUGUAUUUUAGUUUUGGGGGAAAUAUGAAUGUUAAGUGCUUCAAAGUAUUUCUGAGUAUUCUGUGCUUGCUGAAACUGAUUCCAAACCGGUCAAAAAACCUUUACGUUUUUGGUAUAGAAAAGGAAUACUGUGGCUGGAAAGGCGAACGGGAGUUGUGGGAUGAGAAAGGAGUACGAAUAUUUGCUCUCUCUCUGUCUCUCUCUCUACUCUAUGUGCACAAUUUCAUUGAGGAUUAAUUUUGGUCACAAGACAUGUUCCUCUCUACAUCUUGAGGAAGGUUAAGGAAGGAAGGUUAAGGAAAGCCACUAGGAGGUUUAAGUGCUAUAGCUUAUAUUCUGUAUGAAUCAAUGUGGUUGCUUGACUUUGUCUUCCACGUUGUUGUUUGUGCUACAGUGUGGAAGUAGGUGUGAUCUAAGUCAUGUUGAUGGGGACGAAAAAAGACCUUCAUUUAAGAAAAUGAAAAAAGGAAACAAUUUAGGUACGCUCUUUGGUCGUUCAUCGUGUUGGCAGAAUUCAAUUUGUUUUACCCAGGUUUUCAGUCUCGUUCACACAGCAGUUUACCUUCCAUGUUGGCGGCCAGACAGCGAGAACUAACUCCCUGAAUAGUGGACACAGAACCGCCAAGUACUCUGAUAAGAUCGGAGCUAACCUUUUUUUUUUGUCUUUGGAACACUGUUUUCUUUUUAAAAUUCUGUUUCCAUCUGUCUUACGCAACUUGGCAUAAAUGAUGUCAAAAUGCUCAUGUUUAUUUGCAUGUAAAUUGCGCAUUUGCACUAUGCAAUUUGCAUGCAGAUUGUGUAUUUGCAAUAAACAUUUAUUUGCCACAUUCAGUUCGCAACGUAAUCUGAAUUUACGGAGAUGUUUUUCCUCCCCAAACUUUAAGUUUUUGAGGGAGGAUCCUGAGGAAAAUUCUUUUUUUUUUUUUUUUUUUUUUUUGGCUAACGGAGGGGUUGGCAGGUCUGUGGGCAGGGCAGUGUUUGUUUGGUCAACUCUUGGAAUAUAUUGCAAGGUUUUCUUCGCUCUAUUUAUAUGUGUUUGUGCUGCAAGUAUUAGUGUGCGUGUGUUUGUGUGAUUGAGUGUGUGUGUGUGUGUACUUGUAUUUGUUUAGGAUGUUUGGCAGACAAGCAGCAUUUCUUGCGCUACACGUAUUAUUAUUAUGGCAAAAUGUUACUCUGUUAUUCCUCUUUUAUUCUUUCGGAUCCUGUUAUCGCAUGAUAAGACAUUAACUAAGUUCAGGUUCGGUACAUACCUUGAAUACGAACAAUUUGUACUCACUCUUGCAAACCUUGAAUAUGUUCAUGAUUUCUUGUAUAUGUCAAAAUGAAUAAAAUUAUAAAUGCACGAGGAA